GGUGGCUGAUUACAAAAGCCAGCCAAACAAUCAUUCGACUAGAAGUAACCAACCCAGCCAAGAGGCAGCUACGACUCUCCACUGUGACUCCGUGAGCCUUGUGCUCCUUCCUGCUCUGCACACUCCGCACCAGCUCAGCAAUCAUGCCUCGCCCGGCCCCCCUCCUCCUCCUCCUCCACCUCCUGGCGGCCGCCGCGCUCCUGGCCCUGGCGGGCGCGUCGCCGGCGAACAGCGAAGCCGCGGCCAGCGACUUCAUCCGCAAGUCGUGCCGCGACACGCAGUACCCGUCGCUGUGCGUGCAGAGCCUGGCGUCGUACGGCGGGUCCCCGCCGCCGCGGAGCCCGCGGGAGCUGGCGCGCGCGGCGCUGAUGGUGAGCGCGGACCGCGCGCGUGCGGCGUCGGCGUACGUGGGGCGGCUGUGCGGCGGCGCGGCGAAGAAGGGCGGGCGCAAGGGCACGGCGGCGGGCGCCGUGCGCGACUGCCUGGAGAACCUGGCGGACAGCGUGGGGCACCUCCGCGACGCGGCGCAGGAGAUGGGCGGCGCCGGGAUGGGGCGCGCGGGGUCGGCGGCGUUCAAGUGGCACCUGAGCAACGUGCAGACCUGGUGCAGCGCGGCGCUCACCGACGAGAACACCUGCCUGGACGGGCUCGCCGGCCGCGGCGUGGACGCCGGCACGCGCGCCGCCAUCCGCGGCAGGGUCGUCGAGGUCGCGCAGGUCACCAGCAACGCGCUCGCCCUCGUCAACAAGGUCGGGCCACCAGGGUACUAGCCCGGGCACCUCUCUUCAUACCACCUAUAUAUGCUGCGUGUUGUGCGUCGCUUAACUAGCUCAGUUCCCAUGCCUUCUCCACCUAUAUAUGCUUGUGUAAGAUAUAGUUAAGGGCGAUAAAACUUUGGUGACCAGAACCACUUAUAUAUAUGCAAAUAAGCAAGUGUCAUGGAUCUCCUAAACCUAAAUUAAAUCGCUAAUUCUCAUCCA